AUGUUAGACAUGCAUUUGGCUGUAACAUAUUUUGUCUUACUUGGUUUCCAAACUUCUCCAAUGAUUCAACAUUUUAUUUCAUUAAUAUUUUCUCUUGUUUAUCUAAUCACAAUCUUGGAAAAUGCUGCUAUCAUCCUGAUUGUUAGAUGUAAUUCAAACCUCUGCACUCCAAUGUACUUCUUCCUCACAAAUCUAUCUUACUUAGAUUCAAUAUAUGUCUCGGUUACCGUCCCCAAAAUGUUAAGUGAUCUUUUAACAGACAAUAAUACAAUAACUAUAAAGGAGUGUUUACUGCAACUGUUCCUUUUUUUGUCAUUGGGAUGUACUGAGUGUUUCUUAUUGGCAACUAUGGCCUUUGACCGAUAUCUGGCCAUCUGUAACCCACUGCGCUAUCUGAAUAUUAUGACCUCUAAGAUGUCCCGGAGUCUGACUGUUGGUAGCGUAUUUUUAGGUUUCCUCUCAAGCUCAUUCUCUAUAGGUCUGAUAUCUCAGAUGAACUUCUGUGACUCCAAAACAGUCAACCAUUAUUUUUGUGACAUCUCACCAGUUAUUAACCUCUCCUGUGAUGACAUCUCAACUGUGGAAAUAGUGAAUUUUAUAACUGCAACGUUUGUUUUGAUUAGUUCCUUGGUUCCCAUAAUAAUAUCUUAUAUGUAUAUAUUAAUGACUAUACACAAAAUUCCUUCUAGUGGUGGAUGGAAAAAAGCAUUCUCUACUUGUGCCUCACAUUUAACAGUAGUCGUUUUAUUUUUUGGCACAACUAUAUUUAUGUAUGCACGACCCAAAGCCAUUGACUCAUUUGAUUUUAAUAAAAUUAUUUCUGUAUUGUAUACAAUCAUUAUUCCUUUGGUAAAUCCUCUGGUUUACACUCUGAGAAACCAUGAAUUGAAAAAAGCCUUGAAUUCAUUUGUUCCUGAGUUCCUGUGUAUGACCUGGCUUCGUCUGACUGCCUACUGGUUCCUGAUUCCUGGCAUUCAUACCCUGACUUUGCUGAUCUCCAUCCUCCUGAUUCCUGGCAUUCGUACCCUGACUUUGCUGAUCUCCGUACUGCUCACUCUGGCUCAUCUAACUACCUGCCUUGGUUCCUGCCCCGGCUUUUCUUUUGAGAAUAAGGCCAUGGAGAAGUAUGCUGUGGAUGUGCUGUCCUGGGGGUUCAUCCCUAAGUCCUCCUCCCCUGCUUGGGAUGGAUUCUUCUUUGUGAACAAAAAGAGUGGAGAACUGAGACCCUGCGUGGUUUACAUUCAGAUGUUGAUGCGUCAAUGGUGGGCGUUUUUCGGUCUUCUGUGUAUGACGAGGAGCUGGAUGUCGGAGCUUAUGGAAAAUGAUUCUGUGAGCUAUAUUGGAGAUCCAAGCUCAUGA